CUCGCACUCCCCUCUCUCCUCUACCGUCAACUACAACGGACAGCAGUAAAUCAUGAGCGCAAUGACAGAGUCCGCCACACCGGCUUGCCCUUCUGAUGGCCGCAAGCACCCUCCGACUCGCAGGGGCAUCAUCGUGAAUGUCAUGGUCGAGAGCGCGGACAAGUUUGUCGACUUCAUGGGAAAAACCACCAAAGCCAAGGAGUACUUCCGCUUCCCGGACGAGGACGGCAAGAUCAUGCACCUCGCCAUAGACGUCGGCGGCGUAGCGCUGUACGUCGAGGAGCUCGGCAACAAGAUGGACACCGGCGCCAUCAGCACCCCUCACGCCCGCCUGCACCUCAACACCGACGACCCGAUCGGCGUUGGUGCCAAGCUGGUGGAGCACGGUGCCAAGGAGCUCACCAAGAUGGCCGAGCAGUUCUGGGGCGCCACGUUCGGUGUUUACCAGGAUCCGUUCGGUCAGAUCUGGUCGGUGUCAAACUCCACCAACACCAUCGAGGACGUGCCCAAGGAGCUAGCUCGCAAAGUCAUCCCCUUCAUCCUGGUCCGUGACUGCCCCGCCUACAUGACCUUCCUCACGGACGCCCUUGGAGCCGAGGCCGUGUCCCCCCCUGACAAGGCCCCCACCGGCAAGAUCAUGUGCGCUCAGAUGAAGAUCAACGGCGGCAUCAUCAUGGUCGCCGACCAAUGCGACGAAGACAGCGCGGAAGCCGCGAUGACCAUCUCCUACGAGAUCGGGAAGGACGAAGCGGCUCCCCUGGCCAAGUCCUUCACGGACAACGGCGGGGAGGUCCUCCAACCAGUGUCGAUGCAGUUCUGGGGACAAGUAUGGGGUCGGUGCAAAGACCCCUUCGGCCAACCGUGGGGCUUGUGCGAGGUACAGGAGGGGCCUGCUCCUUCCAAGGAAGACAUGGCCAAGGACAUGGAGAUGGGCGCCAAGUACGACUGGCGCUACACCUGGGUGGUUGAGGACAUGCCUACCGUGUACUGUUACGGAGCGAUGUCCACAAGUGCCGCGAACACCCCCGCCAUCAGCGAAGAGACCAAGAAGACGCUCCCCGCCGCCUUCGCGGGAGCCGCCGCUGCCGGGCUCGCCAUGGCCGCCCCCCCCGCUUCCGCCUACUACACCUGGGACCCUUCCCCCGGCGGGACCACCAAGUUCACCUGCGGACCCUCGGUGGCCGGCGGCGGCGCCUCUGCUUUGAUGAAGGACGUAAACGGAGACGACAACGGCCUCGGCGUGAGGACCGCCGGCGGCUGCAAGUGCGUGACGACGCUGCACACGGGGCCGUACGACGAGCUCAAGAAGUGCUACGAGGCGACCUUCGAGUGGGUUGAGGCUAAGGGUUACGAGUCGCGCAUGCCCGUGUUCGAGCUGUACGAGAACGACCCGAAGGACACCCCGCCCGAGAAGCUCAAGACCAAGGUCUGCAUCCCGAUCGUGGCCAAGGGCACCCCCAAGGCUUGAGAGACGCCCUGUUAGGUGUGGCAGCGUGGUAUGUCGUAAAAGUCGAGAGCGGAUGGGCGAACUCCCUAGUCUGCCUUGAUCUUGUGGGGUUCGUCGUCGCUCGCUCGCAUGUCUUAGGUCUCCGCCAAACCACUCCGAGAACGAGACUUGGGUGUCUGAAUCCUAGUGACGAAGCUACUGCGCGUGCUGAGUCCAUUGCGAGGCCUGAUGGAGAUUGAGGCUGCAUCUCCUGUCGGUUUCCUAAGCGAACAGCAGUACAUACCACUGUAUCCGCGUGUUUUCUGCAAGGGCAAGGGUUUUAUUGUCGUUCGUUGGUUGUCGACCCCGAACUCUCUCGCGUUUUUUUUCGUAUCGAUCGUUCGAUGAGUCGUACGAGCGUACGACGGAGUGAGUGUAGAACGGUCCGUUGUCUGUUCUUUUAGACCGUGGCGGGGCGGGAUUUACCAAUUGGUUCUUCGGAGAAUUAUUGUGUUGUCACGAGUAUUGGAAUACGUUGAACGUGUUCGUGGGGAAAUGUGGAUGAGGAGGUGAAGCACCCAAGCAACAAUGUCUGCGAAAAUGGGCACGCUGGCUUGCAGCAGUAGUAGUGGAUGCAUGAACUAUCUUGUUUCAUCGAGUGUAGGGCGUUGCUGCCAUCGUAAACGGUGCGCUGGAGGAAGUGUCGAUUGCUUGUUGGAUUUUGUGCUUGUGUUUGCAACACGUGCAUCAUGCGAUGCACGCGUGCGUGCGGUGGCGGAGGAACAUGGGGGGGCGGUGGAUUAAACUGUUCCUCGCUUGAGUUCCCCUUCCACCCCCUCUCGUGUCUUUUGUCUCGUAUGAUUUUUCCCCUUGUCUUUGUGCACUCUCUUGUUGUUCGAAUUCGUUGUAAUCUAUCUCUCGUUCCAUGGGCAGGUCGAACACAAGCAGUGGUGUCAUCGUGCACUUUAGAUCGCUUGCUGCCGACUCGUGUGUAGGGUACUUUUCGCUUGGUUGUCGUCAUUUGAUGGCCCGAAGUUGUGAGAACCGUCAGGUACACAUCGUCUGUCGAAGUGGGCUUCGUGAUUCUGCGUUGAUGUCGAGGUGUCUUUUUGACAGAGCGUGCCUCUUUCAUGUCCAGUGGUAGUGUACGUUGAAAGUCGAUUUGGUGUGUUUUUUAAGUAGGAAAUCUCCCGGGGUACUAGUUUGACUUGCGUUCUCUACACCUGCAGGCUGUUGCACAAGUGUUACCUUGCUUGUCGCGAGGAUGUUUACGUUUCGCUCUUUGACGCGGGAGCGAGAGACGUGUCGUUGGCUUUGUUUACUUGUUGCACCGCACCCGUUGUGAUGAUCCGGGCACUUCAGCAUCAGGCAAGUGCCCUGGGGGGAUGACAAGUGUGUCGAGAGUUUGACGUCUCACGGACACAAUGGC